CAGAGACUCUUUCAGACAGCACUGCUGUUGCGCGGAGCUGCUGACAGAGUUUCUAGUCCGCGCGGCAAGAAGACAGGAGGGCGUGAGGCGAGGACACCGGCUCUUAUCCCGCGAGGAUACCCCCCUCCACCCCACCAGCCUAUCCCCCCAACCCCACCACACCUGCACGGGCUCCAUGUGAAGGCGAAGCCUCGCGAUAUCCACGCGCAACUUUUGAUCGGAGAGGAAAACAGCAGCACCGAGAGAGAGAGAGAGAGACGGAGGGAGAGAGACGCAUACAGCCACACGGCGUUGGGAAGAGACAAAGAAGGCAAAGGUAUGGCGGCGACUUUACCCAGAACCCUUGGGGAGUUGCAGCUCUACCGCAUCCUACAGAGGGCCAACCUGCUGUGCUACUACGAUGCCUUCAUCCAGCAGGGCGGCGAUGAUGUGCAGCAGCUCUGUGAGGCCGGCGAGGAUGAGUUCUUAGAGAUCAUGGCUUUGGUGGGCAUGGCCAGCAAGCCGCUGCACGUCCGGCGUCUACAGAAAGCUCUGCGUGACUGGGUCACCAACCCGGCCCUGUUCAACCAGCCCCUGACCUCACUGCCUGUCUGCAGCAUUCCAGUAUACAAACUGCCCGAGGGCUCGCCCACACUGCUUCCUGGCAACGGAGCCCGUGGAGAGACACACGUCAAGGUGCCCAAAUGUGUAGCUGCAGCCCUCGUGGACCCCGGAAAGGGCGAGGCGGGUAACGGGAGCUCCUCAGCCACCGCUUCACCCCUCCAGAGCGGGACAGAGCCACGCUUUUGGGCUGGACAUGGAACAGAAAGCGAGCACAGCCUCUCUCCGGCCGACCUCGGCUCACCUUCGUCCCCCCGCGAUGGCUUGGAGGCGCUGGAUGCCGCCGCUGUCCAGUCGGUCACCGAAUGCGUGGAGAGAAUGGCACAGGCUCUGCCUAAGAGUGACCUGACUGAGGUCAAAGAGCAGCUGAAGGGCAACAAGAAGCUGGCAAAGAUGAUCAGCCACAUCUUCGACAUGAACGAAGAGGAUCCGCACAGGGAGGAGGAGAUCCGCAAGUACAGCGCCAUCUACGGACGCUUCGACUCCAAGAGAAAGGACGGCAAACAUCUCACACUGCAUGAGCUGACAGUAAACGAGGCUGCAGCCCAGCUGUGUAUGAAGGACGUGGCGCUGCUGACGCGCAGAGACGAGUUAUUUGGACUUGCUCGGCAGGUCUCCAGAGAGGUCACGUACAAAUACACCUACAGAACCAGCAAAUCCCGGUGUGGAGACAGAGAUGAACCUUCUCCAAAGAGGAUUAAAACAGAGCAGGAAGGCUUUUUUGACCUGCAAGAGGCACUGCAGGCCAUCCAUAUGCGGCAGGAGACGCUCAGAGAGCAGCUGGCCCAGGCUAGAUCCAAAGGAGACGAGACAGUUUCCCGAAACAUCCAGGUUCAGUUGGAGCGUCUGUUGGCUAAGCAGAUGGAGAUCUUGCACGAUGCUGCAGCUCAGGACAGACUGCAGGCUCUGGAGUGGAGGGUGCCACCCGGAGCCUUUAAACACAGUGCGGACAGACAGAGCACCAAUGGAGUGUCCAGUGAUAAGGCCAGUGAGCAGCACGGUGAGAAGCCACUGAAUCUGCGGGUGACGGGCCAGAGGUCGGGGGCAUCCGAGGGGGAGACGCCGCUGGGCAAGCAGCUGGCCAACGAGCUGAAGAGACACCACCAGGCCAGCGCUGAGAGCAAAGCAGCGGCCGCAACAGAAAACGGCAGCGGAGCGGACACAACUCCACGCGCCCUCAACCUUUCAGAAAAGAAAACCAUCAAAUCGGAGCCUGAAGAUUCCAGAUAGCAGACCGGAAAACCCUUUCCUACUGAUUCCAUAAUGAACUCUUGUCUGUCAGUGAAUACUAAAGGAGCACAACUACAGUAGAGCCUUAAUAACCAAUGUUGCCUCAGAAUAGUUUCUUUUUUAGUUCCAAGUUUUUUGUUUUGCCAAAGCACCUAGAGCCCUUAUUUUCAUCCCUGGAUAGACUCACAGAAUCUGUGUUGUCACUGACUGUACACGCAAACUGCUCUCUCUUUCUCUCUCUCUCUCUCUCUCUCUCUCUCUCUCUCUAUUCUCUCACUUGUUUUCUCUCUCUCUUUAAUGGGCGUGGACCAUAAUGUCCGCUACUUGUACAUACAUUUGUUCAUACAUGGACAAUGUUGAGAUGAUGUUAUUUAAAUACAGUUUGUGUUGUGUGUGUAUAUAUAUGAAUGCAUGUCGAAUACUGUUCCACUGAAACAGAAGGUGACACCGUCAUUGACUCAAUGCUUCAAGCUCACGGCAGGCUGCUGUUAUCCGUUUGAGCCCUUUUGGUGGAAUUUCUCUGUAAAGGAUCUUGGCGAGGUUAAGUUUGAGUUGCUCUCUGUUAAGGGUCACUAUAGCAAUUAAAACGGACCUGAUUUUAAUAGUCUUAACAGUCUACGGUGCUAUGGUUGAGGUGACCCGCAGAGGGCAAGUAUGACGCUUAAAGUAGAUGUCAUUAGUUUUACGAACGUAUUGAAAACCUCAAUCCACGUAUUCAGCUUCAUUUGUCUGUGCUAGAUUGUAAUGUAAGGUUAUUCCUCUGAGAAUAAGCACAAGUAUCAUAAUUCAGCUUAUUGACUACUUACCUGGGAGUGAUAUUCACAGAACUACUUAAGAGACACCUCUUAUAACAAGCUUGACGUAUGAAGAUCAUAAAUAGUUAUGUGAAUAGUUUGAUAAGCGUAAAUAGUACUAAAUAAGUACUAACCGUGAUUUUAUUGGCCACACCCAAAACUGAACCUCUCCUUCUAUGAAACUUUUCUAGGAGGAAGAUGUCCAGUUUUUUGACCAACAGUCAUCUCAAAACAAGGUGUUUAUACACUCAUAAAAAGGUGACAGAAAGGGUUCUUUGUGCAAUGUCAUAGAUGAACCACUUUAGUUCCCUAAAAACAUCGAUAUUGUGAAGUGAAGAACCUUUUAAAAGUUAAAAGGCCUCCACAUAAUGUAAAGGUUCUAGGAAUAACCCAAUCCAGCACCAGAAAUUUGAACAAGUUGUCCCCAGACUUUUCUUCUCAUUUUGAGAUCACCUCUGGCCUUUGCUUAGCAUCAGUGACACUGUGUCCUUGCUUUUUUAGGGAACCAAAAGUAGUUCUUCCAUGGCAUCUCUCAAAGAACCCUUUGUGGCUCCAUUAUUUGAGUGUAAAUGUAUAAUGUAUAAAACGACGUAAGAGAAAAAAUGGAGGUAUGACUUUUUCUUAGGACUGAAACUUCAGGGCAGCAUCACAGCACCAUGGCAGCCAUUCAUCUUACAUGACCUAUUGUAAUAUGUAAUACCGAGUAUUUAGUAGUAGAGCAAUACCGAAUAGCUGUUGUUACUAAACCCAGUGAAACGUGUCUAGUUGUCGCAGUCCCUGGGCUGUUCACUGUACAGUACUGUAUUUGUACCCUCUGUUCAGUAGUAUAGAAAUAGUCUUAGAUUCAGCUGAUGUACAAACGUUUAUGGAACUGAUAUGCACUAGUGUUUUAUUCUAAACGCGUUUUUAGAAUUUGCAUCCUUUUAAUCGACAUUUCCUGUGUGUGUGUUUUUUUUUUGUUCCCAAUGGUGAGACCAUUUUUUUCUUUCUCCUUUUUAUGUUAAAUAGAGGUCGUACUGUGUAAACUGGCCAAGCUCGGCCUUUAGUACCAUUCGUUCUGUAGUUUCUGGAUCCUGUGUGACGUGCAGUAGGAGCGAACAAUCAGGUUUCCCACAGCUGUGUGUGUGUGUGUGUAAAACGGUGCGAUCGAGGAGCUGCCAUAUGAACCGUAUUGGUGUUGUUGUUGAUGAAUACCUCUCUGUGAAAAUAACCGACCCAUCCUCAAGUCCCUGUCCCACACUUCAGUGUUUUGUUUUUUUGUUUUGUUUUGUUUUGAAGGGCAACAUGGAGAAGUUUGUCUGUACUCUUUAUUUUUGUAUGAUUACUUUCAGAAACCUGAAGACUUAAGUAUGCAAACCUGUUAAUUUAAGUGCCAUUUUAUAGUUUCUUUGAGUAUGUGGGGGCGCCUGAUCUGUCGAAGGACGGCGCAAAAGGUUCAGAAUGGUAAAUUAUUAAAGUUUUAAUGAUUGUGUAAUAAUUUACCUGCAUGUUAAUGUUAUUGAGGUGUUUUUGCCUUAGUUUUGAGAACAUUCCAGUGGUUGAGCAUGCUGGUUCGGGAUUAGCUUUGCGAGUGUCUGCAGUUCGCUGGUCCCGGAUCAGCAUUUUUAAACAGAGCGCGCACAGGCCUAGAGUAGACUUCAGUUUGCUGAGCCUGAUUUCCCCAGCAGUGGUAGUGUCUUUUGGAUUCUUAUUUGUGGGUUUGUGUGUGAGCGUGUGCUUGGUUAUGUUUAUUGGAAAGUGGCAAACCUGGAUAUCGAGUCGCAUGUCGGUCUGUCAGAUUUCUCAGAAAGAUUGAGAUGUUUCGGUACCUUUCUGGAAAGGGAAAAAACAAAAGAAAGCAGUUUCAUCUGAUUAGAUAUCACUGACACCGGCAUGCAGCUACUGAUGACCUAUAUGUCAGAACAUAUCUAGACUCCUACCUUUGUCCCAUGCUUCUUUCUCGUUCCUUUAAGACAACGAGCUCACUCGUCUUUGUCCGUGCUUUGUAGAACUGAACAAUGCAUUUUCGGACUGUGGGAUGAAACGUUGUGCUUUGUUCCCAUCACUGUUGUCUGAGUAAAGAAUGCCCGUUAGGAUAUGCAGUAGUCACGCACCUCUUGUUUUGUAAACACUAAUAUAUUUAAUUUGUUAUACAGCACACGAACAUUAAACUCUAUUUUUUGAGAUCUGA